GUGCCACAAGCACUUACUUCCUCCUAUGAGUAAUACUGUGAGAGCAGUUUUAAACACAACAACCUGCUUGGCAGAGCGACUGACUGAGAUCAACUCACACACAGACAGAGAGAGAAAGACAGCGACAGGGACCUACGCUCUGAUCCACCACUUUCUGAACAGUGACAGAGCCUGACUGUCUCCACCCCAUCUUGACAUCUGUCAACUGUUCCAAAACACUGGCUGUCACCGUGGAGACACUGCUGAGCCACUGCUAAGCCAGACUAAGGAGGCAAAAAGGAUUCCCCACACGUAGUCCUGAGAAGACAGAGGAGAGCAAACACAUUCAUUCUGAAUCAUUGUCCACAAUGGACCAGCAGCAGCAGCACGCCAAAGUGGAGCGCUUUCUCAAGUUAGGCUACUCCCACAGUGACAUCCUGAGGGUGCUGGAGACCCUCCGCCACGAUGCCCAGACCAAUGAUAUCCUAGAGGAGCUCAUAAAGACCUGCCACACUUGCACUUACAGCAACAAAAGUGUCCCAGUCAGUCCCAAGCUGGUGCCCAGAGGCUGCAGCCCCGGUCCUAACCAGCCCAGGCCUGGAGUGGACAGAGAGCCAGCUGCUGACUUCAGGCCAGUGGUUAUAGAUGGAAGCAACGUGGCCAUGAGCCAUGGCGACAAAAAGGUGUUUUCAUGUCACGGCCUCCAUUUGGCAGUAAACUGGUUCUGGGAUAGAGGACUGCGUGACAUCACUGUGUUUGUUCCCCUGUGGAGAAAGGAGCAGCCGCGACCAGAGGCGCCCAUCACAGAUCAACAUAUUCUCCAUGAGCUGGAGAGAAGAAAGAUCUUGGUGUACACACCAUCCCGCUGCGUGAACGGUAAGAGGGUGGUGUGCUAUGAUGACCGCUACAUCGUGAAGCUGGCCUUUAACUCAGAUGGCAUCAUUGUGUCCAAUGACAACUACCGCGACUUGCAGACAGAGAAUCCCCAGUGGAAGAAGUUCAUAGAAGAGAGGCUGCUGAUGUACACUUUCGCCAAUGACAAGUUCAUGCCUCCAGAUGACCCUCUGGGCAGAAAUGGUCCCACUAUCGAUGACUUUCUGAGGAAGAAGCUGUGGACCCCAGACAACAAGCUGCAGCACUGUCCAUACGGAAAGAAGUGUACUUAUGGAGUGAAGUGCAAAUACUAUCACCCAGAGUGGGCCAACCAGUCCCAGCUCUCUGUGGCUGAUGAACUGAGGGCGCUGAGUGACAGAACCAAGAACCUCUCACCCAAACCGAACCUGCAGGACACAUGCUUCUGCCCUGCUGUGUACCAGAUGGAGCGCAGCUACUACUCAUCCACCCCUCCACCCCUGAGCAUAGAAGACCAGGCACACAGGGCUUCACCCAGUGAGCAGUUCAUCCAUCACAGAGAUUCCAGCAGCCCAAGAAGCCAAUCCAGCUCAAGCCUCCACUACUGCCCGAGCCCAGAGGAGUCCUUCAGCUCCAUGGACAGCUCCAUGUCCCGGCUCUGUAUCCAGGACAUGUCCUACAGCAUGAAGAGCUCUUGCUACACCUUCAGCAAUGGUGUGGCCAACCACAGCCUGAGCGAUGACGGCUACUCCACCUCUGGCUCGUACACAGGGAACACCUCGAGGUGCUGUGCAGUCCCUGGAGUGGGUGGCCAUUGCAGCUGCGGUCACCAGCAGACCAGGAUGUCCCCCUGUGAUCACCGCGAACUAUACAGUUCCUUCCCAACUCUGCCUCCACAAAACAGAGAGUAUGCUGGUCAUUUGUCGGACGAGUGGUACUUCAGGAAACCCCCCACCAAACAAAACCUCAGACUGCCCAAGCACCCGUGGGAGCCACACAGCCUCCCUGAAGACAGGCUGAGUGGCUGGCCUAAGAGGCCAUCCAGUGAGCAGAGGAACAGCCUGAGGAGGCAGCUGAGCGCCAGCUUCCCCCAGGCUCUGGUGGAACAAGUCAUGAAUGCUUACCCACACAUCUCAGACAUGUCAGAACUGGCUGCUCUUAUCCAACGCUACAGACCCAGCCAUAUGGCCUUCUAGAUUAGAAAGACAGGUUUUUUUUCCGAAGUAAAACUGAGCCCAUGGUGGAAUUCUCAUUCCAGAAGCAAAGUGAACAAUGAAGAAAAUGUCUGCUCUUCUUAAAGUGACUGUGAAUUUAUAUUUGUGAAUUAUACUUUCUUGGACACAUUCUAACGUACCUUAAAUUCUAAGCAUUAAAAAGUGACUCAAUCUGAUGAAGUCUUGAAAAUGUAGCCCAAGUGUAAAAGUGCAAUGCACUAUGCUCCAUAUAAGCUACUUAUUGUAGCAGUUUUUCUCAUGUUGCCUCAAAGUGAGGAACACUGUAUUCUGUACUUUUGUAAAGAAUAUACCAGUUUUAGAUGUGAAUUCUAAAGGCUUGUGUUUUUACUGUGCCUACAAAGUAAAAGCACUCAGAUCAUUCUGGAUAUUUGUAUGUGACAAAGUAUGAACGAGACUUUAUGGAUCGAAAGAAUUUGUCAAAUGGAUGAAAAAGAUGUACGAUGUGACCAAAGGUCAGAACAAAGUAUGUGGACAUCACAUCAUCUUGGGUUGUUUUUUAUGGCCUGGGCCCCUAGUUCCAAAUAUAAAUAUUUCAGACAACAAUGUGCUUCCAACGUGGUAACAGCUUCUACAAUUUAAAAUGUAAAUUGAGUGUUAUCAUGUUAUAAGUACUUGUAAUUUCAAAGGUAAAUGUAUUCAUUAUGCAAAAUGGUCCUUUGCAAAUGUUUAUAUUAUAUUAUUGUUGAUGCAUUAACCAUUAA